UCUCACUUGGAAAAUAUUGUUAAUUCGUUCGGCGCUAUGAUUUCCAUACGGUACACUUCGAAUUUGUUUUUGCGUGCCUUCUGCAUCGUUUACCUGUCGGCCUUUUUGUCGUUUUAUUACCAAAUUCCAGGCUUGUAUGGCGACAACGGCGUACUCCCUGCCAGCUCGGUGUUGGAAAACAGCAAACACAAGACCCUGUCGGCCAAAAUCCACUACCAGCCGACCCUGUUGUGGCUCGCGCCCUACUUAGGGCUCAGCACGAGCUACGCCUUGGACGUUUUGGCGCUCCUGGGGGCAUUUUUGGCUUUUACUGGGUUCAUUUCUCAGAAGUUCUGCAUCAUACCCGUGUUCACAGCCUUGUGGUCGUUGUAUUUCUCCAUAUACCAAGUCGGGCAGGUUUUUGUUUCAUCAAGUUUCGACGACUUCUUGCUGGAGGCGGGCUUCCUCGCGAUCUUCGUCGCCCCGUUCCUGCCCAACCGAAAAAAAACGUCCAAAGGCUCGGGCGUCGACGCCAUAUCGCUGUGGAUGGUGCGAUGGUUGCUCUUCCGUUACCUGCUGACGUCCGGCGUCGCGAAAUUGUUGAGCGGCUGUCCGAAAUGGUGGACACUGACCGCUUUCAACCACCAUUUUGAGACGAUGCCGCUGCCCAGUCCCCUCUCGUGGUACUCCCACCACCUGCCGUCGUGGAUCUUGCGACUGACAGCAGUCUACGCCAACGUCUGCGAACUCGCGUUGCCGUUCACGUUCCUGCUGCCCGUCAGGCACAUCAGGAUCACGGCGUUCGUCUUCCAGCUGUUCCUGCAGACGUGCAUCGUCCUAACCGGUAACUACGACUUCGUCAAUUUGCUGACGGUCACGCUGCUGCUCUCUCUGCUCGACGACAAGUUCUUUUACGGCAGCAAAAAGGCCGACUCGAAUUGGGGCGUGGUCGGUCACGUGGCGAACGCGGCCCUGUUCGCAGCCAUCUCCUACGCCGCCCUCCGUCUCUAUUCGAUCAAACUGGACGGAGGCGUGGUCGACGCCCACAUAGCGUUCUCCAAAGGUCAGUUUAACGAGUUCGCGGGUCAAGCGCUGGUCUACACCCUUCACCUGGGUCUCGUCUCUCUGGCCGGUACGGUACUGUACGGAUUGUCGCGAGUACUGUUCGGCAACGAGCACGGGAACAAGUUUUUCAACGUCGUGAAGACGUUGUUCUACGCGUUGGUAGCGCUGACGGUGUUCUUUUCGAGCACGGUGCCGCUGGCGUCGCUUCAUCCGGCGUCCAACGCGACGGUACACCCGACCCUGCGCACCGCUUACAACAGACUGCACAAGACGCGCAUCGUCAAUCAGUACGGCCUGUUCGCGAAAGUGACGGGCGUCGACGGUAGGCCCGAGAUCGUCCUAGAGGGCGCGGACGGUCUCGAUGGACCUUGGAAAGAGUACAACUUUUUGUACAAGCCGGGCAACGUCAAUCACUCGCUUCCGUUCGUCGCGCCUUACUCGCCUAAACUCGACUGGCAGAUGUACUGGGCGGCCUACAGCACCUACGACAAGCAGCCGUGGCUGUUGUCGUUGGUUCAUAGGCUGCUGACCGGCCGUCCCGAAGUCCUCAACCUCAUCGACCAAGCCCAUUCGCCGUUCGCCGCCAAGCCGCCCAAGUACAUCCGCGCGGUCUUGUACAAGUACAAGUUUACUGCGUGGAGUCACAGGUCCCAGCCUGCGUGGUGGGUAAGGGAGAAGGUGUCCGAGUACUUCCCGGCCUAUACGAAAGAUUCACCAGCGCUGGUCGACUUUCUGAAAGCGCGAAACCUGCUACCCGCGUCGACGCGUCAAACCGUCAACCCGAUAUGGAAGCAGGUACUGGACAGCGUCCGCUACGUCUCGGACCAUCUGGAGGCCACCCUUCUCUUCUGGUCGGUGUUCACGGCCGGCCUGGCGAUCAUAGCGACGUCGUCUCCGAGGAGGAACUGAGACGCACCGCGCAGACUGUUCUGAUUAAGUUUAAAUACAUUGGUUAUUUGUUUUUUAAUUGUGUAAAUAUAAGUUCAACGUGUGGUUUAAGGGCCCGACAGGUCUCUCUAAAGCACCUUGUUUUCCUCCUUUAUUUCUUUCCGUCUUUGUGUUUAACUCUAAACCACUUUUUUUUAUAUACUACAAAUAACGUGUGUUGCCGAUUUUUUAUUUUAAGUAAGAGGCGUGAUUAAAAAAAAAUUAUCAGUCUACUUUAUAGCGUAGAGAAUGUGUGUUUCGAUGUCUUCGAUAUUUUUAAACUUUGUCGCUGUACAAUAAAAUGUCUGAAUCAACAGUCUAGAUUGUUAAUU